AUGAUAGUAAAGAUCAUGGCACUUACCCAAAAUGAGAUGAAAGAAAUUAACCCAGAAGUAUGGGUUGGGCAAGGGAAAAGGGGACUCUUGAAGAUACCCCCAGUAACAGUGGAAAUGGUGAAAGAUACCCCACCAGUGAGGGUUAAACAAUACCCCAUCUCACUGGAAGGAAGAGAGGGGCUAGCCCCAGUAAUCAGACAAUUGUUAGAAGAAGAGGUCCUAGAGCCCUGUAUGUCCCCCCAUAACACACCUAUCUUGGCAGUGAGGAAGGCCGAUGGAAGUUAUCAGCCUGUGCAGGACCUACGGGAAGUCAACAAGAAAACUAUCUCUAGGCACCCAGUUGUGCCAGACCCUUACACACUCCUCAGUAAGGUGCCAAGAGAACAUCAAUGGUUCACAACCAUAGAUCUGAAAGAUGCUUUUGGGACAUGUCCCCUUGCAGAAGAAAGUAGGGACUGGUUCGCUUUUGAGUGGGAUGAUCCCACUACCAGGAGAAAACAACAACUUAGGUGGACACAUCUUCCCCAAGGAUUUUCAGAAUCUCCUAACCUCUUUGGGCAGUCAUUGGAGAAAUUGUUAGAACAAUCUGAUUUGGAAGAAGGGGUACAAAUCCUCCAGUACGUGGAUGAUCUACUGAUCUCAGGAGAAAGCCAAAGUCAAGUGAAAAAUACCAGUAUACGAUGUCUGAAUUUCUUAGGGGAACAAGGAUUGAAGGUAUCACAAGGUAAAUUACAAUUUGUAGAACCAGAGGUGAAGUUCUUAGGCCACUUGAUUGGAAAUGGAUAUAAAAAGUUAAGCCCGGAGAGGAUUUCAGGGAUCCUAUCCAUUGAGUCUCCAAAAACUAGGAUGAACGGGGAAACCGCAAGAAACCGGUGGCAUAUUUUAUCUAAAUUACUGGAUCCAGUGGCCAGGGGAUGGCCAGUGUGUCUGCAAGCAGUUGCAGCCACUGCUGUCUUGCUGGAAGAGGCCCAGAGAUUAACACUACAUGGGAAGAUAAAAGUGCAUACCCCACAUGAUUUGAGAACGGUGCUCAGUCAGCAAGCACAGCAGUGGCUCACUGAUGCCCGAAUAUUGAAAUAUGAAAUCAUUCUGAUGAAUGCUGACAAUUUAGAGAUUGCCACUUCCAAGUGUUUAAACCCAGCCCAGUUCCUUUCUGGGGAACCCCUAGAGAACUUGGAACAUGACUGCAUUGAGUUUAUAUCAUUAGAAACAAAGGUGAGGGAAGAUUUAGAAGAUAAACCUUUACCGCACGGUGAAGUCAUGUUUAUAGAUGGAUCUUCAAGGAUGACAGGUGGAAUGAGGGUCUCAGGGCAUGCGGUAGUAGAUGGGAGAACAAUGAGGAUAAUAGAAAAAGGGAAAUUGCCAUCGAACUGGUCAGCACAAAGUUGUGAGCUCUAUGCUCUAAAAAGGGGUUUGGAAUUGCUAGAAGAAAACUCAGGAACCAUUUACACAGAUUCGAGAUAUGCAUUCGGAGUAGUGCAUAUAUUUGGGAAGAUCUGGGAGGAAAGAGGUUAUAUCAACUCAAAGGGGAAGAAUAUAAUUCAUGAGAGAUUAAUUAAACUACUUUUGGAAGCCCUACAAAAACCAGCAGAAAUAGCUAUAGUUCAUAUAAAAGGACACCAGAGAGGUAAUACUCUAGAGGUGAGGGGAAAUAGGAUAGCUGACCAGGCAGCGAAAGAGGCCACAUUGGGGCUAGAAGAUCCAGUUAAAUCCCUCCACUUGAGGGAGGCACAAGAGCAGAAGGAAGGGGACAUGGAACCAAUAUAUAGUGAAAAAGAGAAAGAAGCAAUUGAAGAACUGGGAUUACACCAAGAGUGA